UACCUAAGCUGGAUACCUUAUGGCUGAUUAUUCAUGGAGGUUUCCCAUGCCUUCUGGUUUUUCUUAAAUAAUCCUUCCUUCUGGUUUUCUGAAUUGAAUGCUAAUAUUUUAUCUCUGACAUGCAACACGCAGAUCUUGGCACAGACGCUGACAGGGUUUGGUGUUCACUUUCCAUCAAUGCUAGAACUUGAUGAGACUGAAAGGUAUUUGGAUAAAAGCUGUCUGUGCUGUCCUGAAAAGAUUAAUCACUUCUGCAAAGCACACCCAGCCCCAGACCUAGUCCCAAAGAACGGACUGGAGGCCGGUCGAGAAAAAGAAGAUGCCAUCGUUCUCCCAGCCCUACGUCUAGCGGGUCAGAGUCAGACUCUCAUUCCUCUAGGUAUCGGUUUAGAUCACGCUCUCCACCUAAAAAAAAGGUAUCGUCCCUAUCACUCUGGGAGUAGUUCCAGCUCCUCAUCCCGUUCCUCCUCUCGGUCCUCUACCUCUGUGUCCCACUCUCCUCCAAGGAGGAGGAAGUACUCUUAUUCCUCCUCUCGUUCUGGCUCUUGGAGCCGCUCCAGGUCACGGUCUCGAUCCCCUCAAAGACGAGCACAGUGGAGUAGAAGCAGUAGAUUGUACAGCCCUUCAGGUAGACCUGGCUAUGGUCACGGUACAAAGGCAAAUGUGGAAGAAGUCAAGAGAUGCAAGGGGAAAGCCAUUGAGGAGCGCCGGGUUGUUUACAUUGGUCGAAUUCGAGCAACAAUGACCCAAAAAGAACUUAAAGAGCGCUUCUCUGUGUUUGGUGAAAUUGAGGACUGCACGCUGCACUUUAGAGACCACGGGGACAACUACGGGUUUGUGACUUAUUACGACAACAAGGAUGCUUUUACAGCCAUAGAGAAUGGAGGCAAGCUGCGCAAGCCUGAUGAGCUGCCAUUCGAUCUCUGUUUUGGUGGAAGGAGACAGUUCUGCAAGUCCAGCUAUUCUGACCUGGAUUCGAGUAGAGAGUACGAUCCAUUGCCUGCAAAAGGCAAGUUUCAUGCACUAGACUUUGACACUUUACUGAAGUAGGCCCAGCAGAAUCUGAUGAGGUAACACGAGGCCUGAAGCAGGAAGCAGCUGAUACUUACCUCAGAGCCAACGGUUGGCUCCUCACCUGCAACACUGUCUUUACAUUUAAGUUGUUGCAUUAGUUUUGCAUUUAUUUUGUUUGUUUUAUUUUGUUUCUGCAAGCUAACACCUUCUAUUGAAGUGAAGAUUUGUAAUGAAAGUAGGAAAAGAAAAAAAAAAAAAGAAAGUUGAUUUUAAAUGAUUUUAAACAGCAAGCUAAGCUGUAAUAAAACAAGAUGUCAGUUUCUGACAUAAAACAAAGCUGCCUAAAGAAUCCAGAUGUACAUCUUUUUUGGCACAGGAUGUUUUGAUUUCAUUUGAAAAUGGACCAAUAUUGUUUGAAUUGAGUGUGAAGUGAUGUGAUUACACAUCAAAUGGCAGUGUGUCAUGCAGGAUUAAGAAUUGUUUAUCAACCUAUUUUAAAUUUCAACAUUUAACGUGUUAUCUUUACUGUAUUUAUGUGGACUUCCUCUUCUGUAUUUCCAGUUCAUUGUUGUGUUAUCAGAUUUUGUUUUGUUACUACCCUUUAUGCCAAUCCUCUCUAGGUUUUGAAACAUUCACGCUCUCACUCCCGUCUGUUCCUCUAACCA